AUGGCGGACGGCGUUGCAAUCCAUACUCACGAUGUUCGAAACCUGGUCAACGGGAAUGUCGUGGGAGAUCAGAUUGGAGGAGAUCAAGUUGCGGGCAACAAGAUCACGCUUGAAAUGCGCAAUAUCAUUUUCGAUCCCGCGAUCGUAAGCCAGCUCGGAUUAAAGGAUUCGGACAGCAGUAUCUCCAAAGACCUUCAGAGAAUCUGUCAACUGGUCUCGAUUAUGAUUCUCACAGAGACUGAGGGAAACCUUUCGAAGUCACCGCACACCGUUGUCGGGCUACCGGAAACGAGACGCGCCCUCGAAGAAUUCCACACGUUACGCUACACCGGCACGUUCGACACGAGCAAAGGAGGUCCCGGCCUCAAUCUCUCUAAUAUACUUCCAUCCUUAACCAUACCGACCCUGGCUGAUCCGGAAGCUACUCUCCGCUACUAUGCCAUAAUGUGCAAAAUUCGACGGCAGAAGGAAGGCGAUACAACCUGUUCUCUACGACGAUCUCGGCGACUGCAGGGCUGGGCAGCAGAGACUCGUUCAUCGCUGCUCCUUGUCAAAGGCUCCUUUCCUACCCGUCAUCUGCUCAGAGACUUAGCUGCAGACAUGAUAUGUCUGCUCCGGAAAGAGAAGAGUAUUGUUGCUUGGGUCCUUCAGGCCAAGAGUCAGCAACAGCAUGCGCAUGGUGUCGUGGAUAUCUUGAAAGAGCUUGUCUCCCAGAUCCUCCAGCAGAACCCAGCGACGUUCACCGAACGCAGGGCUUCACUAACCGCGAGGAGAAUUCGGGAUGCAUCUACUGCGGAAGACUGGUGCAGCGUAUUGGGCUCAGUCCUAGGAGGUAUAAACGAGAUCUACCUGGUGAUCGACACGGAGGCUUUUGCGGACCAGGCAAAGGAGUAUGGAUGGUCUUGUCACUUCGCCAGUUUAUUCAACGAGUUACAGGCGCGUCGGAUCACCACCACUGUAAAGGUCAUGUUUAUCAGCUGUCGUAAACCCGUAAUCAGACAAUUUCAGACCGAUUGUGGGACGGUGAUCGACGCUGGCCGAUCCUGUAGAUAG